CUAGCGCUUGUGUCACCGUGUCCUUCCCUGGAGACAGAGUCGGAGGAAGGGCCCGGGGCCAGGGCUGGAGCGGCGGGCGGGGCCAAGCUGAGGAAAGCCGUUCAGGGCGCCCCCACCCCCGUGCUCUUCGGUGGUGCCGGCCGAGGGAAGGACUCGCGGCUGCGGGGCUCGCGCCGCUGUCAGUGCGGCGGGGCGCGCGAGUGGCGCGGGUGCAGGGCGGGCGCAGUCGAGAGAAGCUGAGGGGGCGGCAGCGGCGGCGGGGGCGAUUCCCGCGCGUGUGCUCAGCUCCUCACGCCGCGGCCGGGGCUGCCUUCCUCCUCCUCCUCUCCCUCCCUUCCGCCCCCGAGUGCGGCGGCACCGCCUCCUUCCGCGCCGCGCGGCUUCCUCCAGACCUCUCGGCUCGGGUGAGCCCUGUUCCCAGAGGCAGCUGGUACUGAUCCUGUGACCCAGCAGAGAAUAUUGUGGGCUGAGCUCAGCCUUGGUAUUGGUGGCCACCAUGUCCUUGAAGAUCCAGACAAGCAACGUAACUAACAAGAAUGACCCCAAGUCUAUCAACUCUCGAGUCUUCAUCGGAAACCUCAACACAGCUGUGGUGAAGAAGUCAGACGUAGAGACCAUCUUCUCCAAGUAUGGCCGUGUGGCCGGCUGUUCUGUGCACAAAGGCUAUGCCUUUGUCCAGUAUGCCAACGAGCGUCAUGCCCGGGCAGCUGUGCUGGGAGAGAAUGGGCGGGUGCUGGCCGGGCAGACCCUGGAUAUCAACAUGGCUGGAGAGCCCAAGCCCAACAGACCUAAGGGGCUAAAGAGAGCAGCGUCUGCCAUAUACAGUGGCUACAGCUUUGACUAUGAUUACUACCGGGACGACUUCUACGACAGGCUCUUCGACUAUCGGGGCCGCCUGUCACCCGUGCCAGUGCCCAGGGCGGUCCCUGUGAAGCGACCCCGGGUCACAGUCCCCUUGGUCCGGCGCGUCAAAACCACCAUACCUGUCAAGCUCUUUGCCCGCUCCACAGCCAUUACUGCCGGCUCAGCCAAGAUCAAGUUAAAGAGCAGUGAGCUGCAGACCAUCAAGACAGAGCUGACACAGAUCAAGUCCAACAUCGACGCUCUGCUGGGCCGCUUGGAGCAGAUUGCGGAGGAGCAGAAGGCCAACCCAGAUGGCAAGAAGAAGGGCGACAGCAGCAGUGGCAGUGGUGGGGGCAGUAGUGGUGGCAGCAGCCGGCCACCAGCCCCCCAAGAGGACACGGCUUCUGAGGCAGGCACGCCCCAGGGAGAAGCACAGGCUCGAGACGACGGCGAUGAGGAGGGGCUGCUGACACACAGUGAGGAAGAGCUGGAGCACAGCCAGGACACAGACGCGGAGGAUGGGGCCUUGCAGUAAGCAGCCUGACAGGAGUGAUGGCCACCGGCAGGAGAAGGGCAUGCACUGUACCAGGCCUAAAGCUGGGCACCCACCCCUGGAGACUACCCCCCAGCGGGUCCCAGGAGAGCUGGCAGCAGGCACCUCCUCCCCCACACGUCCCAGCCAGUGCCACAUCCUCUGCAGGUGGAGUUAUUGGCCUCCCCUCCCCACGCGCCCUCCCUGCUGGCACUGCCAGGGCCAGAGGCAGAGCACAGAGGUUUCCCCACCCUUUGCCUCCCCUCCCAGGACACUCCCAGGCUUGGGGUUUUUCUAUAGGUUUGGAGAGGGGAGGGUCACAGGGAGGGUACCCUGACAAUAAAGAGAUUGGAUCCCAA